AUGGACAAUCGCUUCAAAAAUGUAUACGAGAGCAUAAAAGAGAAGCACGCUCCUAUUCUGCGAGACUGUGGAACCCAGAUGAUGUCGUUCAUCCAGAAAUACUACGCAUAUGAUCCGACACACUUCCCGGCUGAACGCUACGCCAAGGACCAAUGCAUGCUUUAUCUGCAAGAAAUUCUGCUGCUCUGUUCGCAGAAAAAAAUGACCGUGCAGCAACUCCGGGAGGGUGUCGAGAAUUUGUACUUCCUCUCCUACGUUCUGAGCUCGACCCACGUAGCCGCUUUCCGAAUGUUGAUCGAGGACCUUGUAUCGAUAGUGAGCAUGUCUCGAGAACUGAUCAACACCGCAGAACGCACGGCUGGAUGCAAAGUGACAAACUGGGAGGAUGUCAUAGGCUUCAUGAAACAGGAAGCAGAAAACGUCUCGUCGGAAGCGAAGUUCGUGCUCGGAAGGAUUUCGGACUUCGCCAUAUCCAAAUUGAUAGGGGCGGGGAGUUUCGGUGCGGUGUAUAAAGCGAGGAUGGGCAGAGCGCAGUGCGUCGUCAAAUUCGUCCCAACCAAAGCGCCGCCGCACGUGGGAGCUGCCAUCGCGGAUAAAUGUGUCGCGUCUAUGGUCAACCAUCCCUGUGUAGUGAAAUACUACGCUUGCUUCGCGGGCAAGGAUGUCUACGUGACAGCGAUGGAAUAUAUCAGAGGCGUAGAUGUGAUUCAUCUUCUGAAAGUGAUGGGCAAGCUCUCGGAAAAGCUCUGUCGGGUCAUCGUCUCACAGGUGGGCUUAGCACUGAUCCAUUUGCACCUCAAAGGUUUCAUACAUCGUGACGUAAAGCCAUCAAAUAUGAUGAUCACUGCUGGAUGCCGCGUGAAAUUGAUUGAUUUCGAUACGGCCAGGGUCUGUAUCGGGAAAUAUGAUACACGCAAGAGCUGGGGCUUCAUGCGGAGGACGGCCAAGGAGUUCGAGAGCGGCGAAAUAGCGGGAACCCUCACAUUCAUGGCUCCAGAGAUUUUCAAAAACUCGGGGUACGGUCGGGCACUAGACUGGUGGGCUCUCGGAGUGACAACAUUCGAGCUAAUCACCGGCCGCUUACCAUUCCCUGUAGAGGAUUCCAUCGACAAGACGAAGGAGGCGAUCUGCAACGCUAGAUACGAAUGGCCCAAGGACCGAGGUUUCGACGCUCAGCUCCAGAAUUUCGUCAUGCGGUGUCUCACGGUCAGGGCUGAAGACAGGUUGGCCUCGAUCCAUUACAACGAGUUCCUGAGGCACCCAUUCUUCGAAGCACCCGAUUGGCGCUUGAUUGAAACAUCCCCGAAGUUGUUGGACUUUCAGCCAAUCCAGGAGCUUCUUAGAAAUCGCAAAUCGAUACCCGCGGAAAAGUGGUCCCCGGAGAUAUCGCCGGGAGCUGCUCAGAAAAAAUCCCGUCUCUUCAAAGAACUCAGCUUCGAAGACUCACUGGAGCCUACGCCGAAUAUGUUUGCCUACUCGUCCCCGGGCUUCAUCCGUGCGAGAGAAGCUGUGGAGAAUCACCUGAUACCGGACAAUCAGACUCUGUACGACCCGCCCGAAUUGGUCUAUGAGGAGGAUGAUCCGGAGGCCUACUACUUUGAGAAUUUCUGA